AUGGCAGUUGGCUAUACAGCUGUGGUAGUUAGCUAUAUGGCUGUGAUAGUUGGCUAUGCCGCUGUGGCAGUUGGCUAUACAGCUGUGGUAGUUGGAUAUGCCGCUGUGGUAGUUGGCUAUGCAGCUGUGGUAGUUGGCUAUGCCGCUGUGGUAGUUGGCUAUGUCGCUGUGGUAGUUGGCUAUGCAGCUGUGGUAGUUGGCUAUGCUGCUGUGGCAGUUGGCUAUACAGCUGUGGUAGUUGGCUAUACAGCUGUGGUAGUUGGCUAUGCAGCUAUGGCAGUUGACUAUGCCGCUGUGGUAGUUGGCUAUGCAGCUGUGGUAGUUGGCUAUGCCGCUGUGGUAGUUGGCUAUGCAGCUGUGGUAGUUGGCUAUGCCGCUGUGGCAGUUGGCUAUACAGCUGUGGUAGUUGGCUAUGCCGCUGUGGUACUUGGCUAUGCGGCUAUGGCAGUUGGCUAUACAGCUGUGGUAGUUGGCUAUACAGUUGUGGUAGUUGGCUAUGCAGCUGUGGUAGUUGGCUAUAUAGCUGUGGUAGUUGGCUAUGCAGCUGUGGUACUUGGCUAUGCGGCUAUGGCAGUUAGCUAUACAGCUGUGGUAGUUAGCUAUACAGCUGUGGUAGUUGGCUAUACAGCUGUGGUAGUUGGCUAUACAGCUGUGGUAGUUGGCUAUGCAGCUGUGGUACUUGGCUAUGCGGCUAUGGCAGUUGGCUAUACAGCUGUGGUAGUUAGCUAUACAGCUGUGGUAGUUGGCUAUGCAGCUGUGGUAGUUGGCUAUGCCGCUGUGGUACUUGGCUAUGCGGCUAUGGCAGUUGGCUAUACAGCUGUGGUAGUUGGCUAUACAGCUGUGGUAGUUGGCUAUACAGCUGUGGUAGUUGGCUAUGUGGCUAUGGCAGUUGGCUAUACAGCUGCGGUAGUUAGCUAUACAGCUGUGGCAGUUGGCUAUACAGCUGUGGUAGUUGGCUAUGCCGCUGUGGUAGUUGGCUAA